AUGUCUGCCCUCCACUCCGCCGCGCUCACCUUCCCCCGCAUGUCCGCCCCCACCAUCUGGGAGUCCUCCUCCGCCGCACCCCAGUUCCCUGCUGCGCCUCUCCCUCCCCGCGCGAGCCGCAACCUCAAGCAGAGCCGCUCCACCGAAAACCUCUCUCACCGCAAGGACCGCGUCGAUUUUUUGCGGAGCAGAGAGUCCACCCGCAGGGCCUCCACCGGCGGCGAUCUCCCUAGCACUCCCUCCCGUCACACCCGCACCUACUCCUGGGAAGACAUCAUAGCCGCCGCCGACGCCGCAGCCUCCGCCUCGCCCUUCGUCGGCCGGCCCGAUACCAUCGACGAGGCGGAAGAGUCCGACGACGAGCCCUACGUCAUCUACACCGCGACCCCGCGCGCCCCGGCCCCUCGUGCCUCCCCUGCGCCCUUCGCAUACCCCACCCCGGCCCUCCCCCAUACCCUCGGGACCGUGAUCUACUCGACGUCCCCCGCCUCCUCGCCUUCGCCCUCGCCUUCGCCCACCCUCUCGCCUGCACCCGCCCGCGAGCGCGACGUGCCCCCGAUGAUAGGCAUCGGCGGGCCCUACUUCAAUGGCCGGCGCUCGUCGCUUCGCGGCCCGCACUCGCGGCACUCGUCCCUCUCAUCGAUAUCGGAGGAGGACGAGGGCCUGGCGCGCUGCUGA